AUAAGAGGGAAAAGUUUAAUUGGGACUCUCAAAAGGCAGAGGAUAAAAAAAUUCAAGGUCUUGAAAAAAUUAUAAUAUCAGACCUAUAUCAAUUAAUGCAAUUAAAUGAUAAAAACAUUGAUUUAUCACAUGAACCUGAUAAUUGUGAAGAUAAUAAGAAAUAUC